AUGGUGGCUGAGAGUGUGGGCUUGGCCGCCUCCGUCGCAGGUCUCGUUUCGCUGGGCUUGCAAGUUACUGGCGGCAUCGUCAAGUACUUAGAUGCCUUCGAGAGUCGUCAAGAUGACCUCGCCUUCGUCAAACAACAAAAUGAGGCGCUCAGGACCAGCCUUCAAGCCAUCGAAGAGUAUGUAGUCGCCCCCGGAUCAUCCCCAGAGGUCGCCGCUGCAGUCUCUGGGAGCAUGCAGUCGUUCGAGGGGGCGCUUGACAGGAUAGAGAAGUUGUACCCCGAGCUCGUUGACUCUGGCGGUAAGAGUUGGACAUCGCGACUAGAUAAUCGGAGAAAGAGGUUCACAUACCCUUUCAAUCGGUCGAAAGUCCAGCAACUUGGUCAACAAUUAGAAAAGGCCCGCGGCACUCUGCAGCUUACUCUGAAUGCCUUAGAAAUGCGAGUGUCGAAGCAGUAUCACACAGAGACACUGGCCACUAUGGAAGUCUCUUUCCGUGGUCUAUCGUCUGAAACGCAGCUCAUUCGGUCAGGCCUGGCGGCAGUUGAGGCACCUAUCGUUGACAUCCAAGAUCAACUUUCUACGACACAUGAGGCCGUCAACACCUUCUCUCAGCUCCUAGUUUCUCAAUAUGGGGCUAUCUCAUAUCAAGCUCAAGAGAACAACCAAGUCUUUUUGGGAAAGCUCCAGGAAACAGCCAACCUUCUGCAACACUUGGAGGAACGCCAUUCGAAGCAGAAUCAAGAGAUAAUGAAGACUAUCGAACGUCUUGCUGAGCAAACACGACACAACUAUGGGCCGGAUCACGUCCCGGGUGCUCUGGUCCGCAGACUAGCUUCCAAGCCGGCAUUGCUGAAGGAGGCCAGCAACGCAAUCCAGUCAUUAGAACAUGGACAAGAUGAACCGGUGCCCCUCAGCGUGCCCACCAAGCCUCUAUCGAAUGCAGCUCGGGUCGCGUCCAAAAAGAAGCGACGAGUGGUAGUAGGGUUCAACUACACCGGACUUACUCGCAUUUUGAAGACCGCCAUUAACAUGUCUUUCGCAUUGACGUAUGGUGCCGGUGGCUUCAGUAUUAGCCCGAGUUUCACCUGUAACCCGACUGUUGACAGCCGGUUGGAUCCCGCCUUUCGCAUCUUGGACCUCCUUGGAGAGGGAUCUCUUAGACUCGAAAACGGUCUUGAUACUCUGAUAACCGCUUGCAUGAAACGGCUGAUCCAGCUUUUUGAUGACGGAAAGGUUUGCCCGACAGCUGUAGACCAACGGAACCGGAGCUUAAUGCACUAUGCCAUCCCCGCAUUCAGCUCUGUUCAUGGUCUUAAUACAAUGGGUCUCUCGGUUGAACUUGUCCGCACUCUCCUUGCGUACGGCGUUGCGCCGUUCACCUAUGACCUCCGGGCUACGAGUCCCGAAAUACUGGACAUUCUCUUAAGAACUGGAGACCUGACCCUGCUUGAGUAUCGCGAUGUGUGCUACUUCACCGCGCUCGAGUUUGCGAUGAUACGCAGCUCCGACCUGUGCAUCAAUGGAAAGCGUAUCCAGAGGUGCUACGAUGACACUUGCAACUGUUUGGAGAGAGAUGCCAAUGACAUCGAGGCUAUCAAUGAGGAGGAAGCCGCUCUCUUGGAGAUACUCGAAGAUCUGGUGCUUUGGUACGAAGAGAAGGCCCUUGAUUAUUUGGGAACAGACUCCGAAAGUAGCCAGGGCUCAUUCUCCGACUUCUGGCCCAUGUGCUGGAAAGUUCGGGUGGAUGAGGAGGUUGCCAAACUGCACGAGAUGGAAUUAAAAGAAGCGGGGGAGAGAGGCACGCAAGAAAACGAGAUAUACCGCUGGGGUCCUCAGCGGCCGCCGCCGCCGGUGAAGGUGGAUAACCCGUAUGACGAGGGUGAUCUGGAGCACUGGCUGUACGAGUUGGACAAGAUCUGCCCAGAGUACAGGGACUCGUGGCCUGAGGAACCAUGCCGGGUUUCCGAGGUGCCGUAG